GCGUGCGGGGCGGUCGAACUAAAGCCAUUUUGGGGACGGUGGUGUCAGUUUCUGAAGCAGCACCUUCCUUAACCAGCGCUGAACGGGAACAGAAUAGCGAUCUGUACCGGGAUUUUACCAUCCACCUUUUUGUUGUUGUUGUUGUUUGAGAUCUGAGGAUUCCUCCCAGCUUGUGGAUCGGAUCGGAUCGGAUCGGUGUGCGGGGCUUUUGCGGUGUAAUGUUUUGUGUCUGCGUGUGAAAAGGCGUUCUCUCGCCGAGGCUGCGAUGAGCGCGGCGGCUUUGCUACGUUAGAACCGCUGCAACUGACAGGCAGUGUGCACUUCACUCCAAGAUGGCCGCUUGGUGCUUAACGCUGGCUUUUUGCUGAUCCACUCUCAAGUUUCGUCGUGUGCUUUAAAAAAAAAAAAAAAAAAAAAAAAAAAAGGACUGGUGAGCGACUCUCGCGAAGCAGAGCAGGUGCGCGAGCCUCAUGACGAUGCACCGAACCACGCGGAUAAAGAUCACGGAGCUGAACCCGCAUCUGAUGUGCGUGUUAUGCGGCGGCUACUUUAUCGACGCCACUACCAUCGUUGAGUGUCUUCAUUCGUUCUGUAAAAUGUGCAUCGUGCGGUAUUUAGAGACCAGUAAAUACUGUCCCAUAUGUGACGUACAAGUUCACAAAACCAAACCACUUCUCAAUAUCAGGUCGGAUAAAACCCUUCAGGACAUUGUGUACAAGCUGGUGCCUGGUCUGUUCAAAAAUGAAAUGAAACGAAGAAGAGAUUUUUAUGCAGCACAUCCAUCCGUUGAUGCCGCUAAAGGAUCGAAUGAGGAUCGGGGAGAAGUGGCUGACGAGGACAAGAGAAUCAUUGCUGAUGAUGAGAUCAUUAGUCUCUCGAUUGAGUUUUUUGAUCAGAACAGAUUUGGAAGUGGUGAUGGGGAAGACAAAGAACCCACAAAAGAGUCGAAUGUAAAGCGAUAUUUGCAAUGCCCGGCUGCUAUGACAGUGAUGCAUCUCAGAAAAUUUCUCCGAAGUAAAAUGGAUAUUCCAUGUAACUUCCAGAUUGAGGUCAUGUAUGAAGACGAGCCUCUGAAGGAUUAUUACACAUUAAUGGACAUUGCCUAUAUCUACACCUGGAGGCGGAAUGGUCCACUGCCUCUGAAGUACAGGGUUCGUCCUGGCUGUAAGAAGCUAAAGCUAAGCAGCGCACCAAGCUGUGAGACAGCAGGUCAAAAACCUGAAACGGAAAGUGACUCGGGAAGCGAAAAGCUCAGCAGCCCAGUCCUUCAUGCUCCUACACCUUCCACAUCCUCCUCUCUGCCUAGCCAGAGCGCUCCGGUCAAAUCCUCACACUCAAGCUUCUCUCAUCUCUCACCAGUCAACGGAGUGUCCAACAAAGCCGGCCCCAAUGGCCAAGUCUCAUUCAGCAACAAAGCCAGCAAGGGCUCAGUCAAUGGCUCCAACUCUCUGGGGUGACAAAAGGACUAAUGGACACGAAAAGCCAUCAAACGAAGAGCUGCAAACUCGGAUGCGAAGUUUGUAGGAACUUUAGUGAGGGACAGUGAUCUUGUUGGAUUUCGGGAGAAAAGCUACGACUGCUAACUCUGUCCCUUAUGAGUUAGCACAUGCAACUUUUUAUGACUUUUUGCAAUCGGGAGCUGUUUUCGAAAGGCAGUUUCUCUACCGAACCACCUUUUCCUUUUGUAUUAUGUAUGUUUAAGUAUGUAUGUUAAGUAUGACUUCUUAUGUUUCUGUUAAUUACUAAGAUUUCAUUGGUUGAAUAAAGAUCAUGAAGUAUAUUUUGUGCAUGAAGAACCCAGGAUGAACGCCAGGAAUCUUCUAUUGUAUAAACUCCAAAUCAUUCACGUAGGUUAGGGCAUCAGUGUGUAGAAAUUGAUUUUUUUUUCUUUAAACAGGAAGCAACCUUAAAUGAGACAUGCACAGUUGGUCAUAAAGAUGAUUGAUUGUUAGAAAAGCUAUUAAGGGCUUUUAAGUUCUCCUCAUAUUUUAGUUAAGCGUUAAGCUCUGUACUUUUCAAAAAGAAACAUAAAAAAAUGAAGGAUCAACUAGCAACUUUUGGAAGUUCUUGCUGAAAUGAAUCGAAAUUAGAGUUCCUUAGGAGCUGUUCAUGCUUCUGAAAGAUCUUCAGAUGGUUCUGCUGGUGAGGAAACCUAAAGAAACUCGAAGAUCUUUCAGGAAUCAUGAUGAAGUACGACCUGUGAAUAGUCGCUUCCUUUAUUCUCACAUCAGUGGACAUUAGAAAUGACCAGAUUAGAUUUAUUUCUCAUGCCUUAGCAUAUUUCAGUGUAUUUUUUGUCUAAGAGGACAUUUCUCUUAAUGUCUUUUGUGCUCCAGAAAUGUCUAACUUUCUUGACAAUUAUUUUUGGCCGACACUUUCAGGCCUGUGUAUCGUUUUCUGUUGUACAAUAUAAAACCUGUAUCUGAAUAAACAUUUUACGUUUUUAUUACUCAAA